CUUAGCGAUCAGAGAAACCGAAGGGGCUGUGCAGCGCCACAGGUGGCGCUCAUUGUCUCAUGGCUGGGCUGAGCUGACUGUGCACGUGCUUUGUGCCGGUUUCUGGGUAGUAUAAGUGGAGAAUCUUGGCGUCUUGCCUGCCGGCAGUGCCGUUCACGUCACCGCUCCCGUUUCGAGCUCCAACAAGCUUGCGUGACCUAGCAGAGGUUGAUACUAUCCAUGUCGACACAACCGGUUGGCCCAUCUAUCGCCAGCCUCAACGCUUAUCGCUCUUCCCGGUGAAGCGCGUCGCAAGAGGCAGCUAUUAUGAACAUAUUCGAAGACCCCGAGGGCAGGUGCUCGGGAGACAAGCAGGUUCGGCCCGGGAAGACGGACACCCAGGUGCAGCUUGUCAUCUCCUUGGCUCUUGGCCUGUCGGCGUUUCUCGCCUUUUGCACACUUCGCCCACGAUGGAAGUCCCUCUACGCCGCACGAAAACGACACUCGAACCCGCUCCUGCACCUGCCUGCUCUGCCCGAUAGCUUCUUCGGAUGGAUCCCCACUCUGUACAAGAUCACCGAGCAGCAGGUGCUGUGCUCGGCCGGGCUCGACGCGUAUGUGUUCCUGGCCUUCUUCAAGAUGUCCAUGCGCCUGUUUGGGGUCAUGUUCCUCUUUGCCGCCGCCGUUCUCGAGCCCAUCAACCGCCACUUCGUCCGGGCCCGGUCGCCCGGCACCAGCGCCGCCCAGUCGCUUCUCUUCCCCCAAUACGCAGCAUACGGCAGCUAUGGUCCUGCGACACCGCUUGGCGACAAGGAUGACGGGGACGACGACGGGGACAACAGCUUCAACCGCAAUAUGGGGUAUUUGUGGUCCUACUUAGUAUUCACCUACCUAUUCACGGGACUCACCCUGUACUUCAUGGACAAGGAGACGUCCAAGGUGAUCAGGGUGCGGCAGGACUACCUUGGUACACAGUCCACCAUAACCGACAGGACCUUCCGGCUAUCCGGCAUCCCCAGGGGACUGAGGACGGAAGAGGCGAUCAAGGACCUUGUGCAGAAGCUGGAGAUCGGCAAGGUCGAGAGCGUUACGCUGUGCCGCAACUGGGAGGAGCUCGACAGGUUGAUGGAGCAGAGACAGACUGUCCUGGCGAAGCUCGAGGAGGCAUGGAGCGUCUAUCUCGCCCACAGGCCGUUAAAAGCGGCCCAGGGUCCGCAAGACGGGGACGGGGGCAACGGUGUCGUGAAUGAGCCGGGUGCGCUCUCCGAUGGGCGCGAUGAGGAAGCCGGGGAAAGCGAUCGGCUCCUCCGAGGCAUCGGGGCUCGCCAAUCCUUCCAGCGGCAGCGUCCCCAAACUCGGUUCUGGUACGGUUUUCUCCGCCUCCAGAGUCGCAAGACCGAUGCCAUCGGCUACUACACCGAGAAGCUCCGUCAGCUGGACGAGAAGAUCCUGGCGUCGCGGAAGAAGCAGCAUGAGCCAGCCGACCUUGCCUUCGUGACUAUGGACUCCAUUGCAGCCUGUCAGAUGGCGAUUCAGGCGCUCAUCGAUCCCUACCCGGGCCGCUUGCAGACCAAGCCUGCCCCGGCGCCAUCCGAUGUCGUUUGGAAGAACACAUACGCCUCGCGUUUCAGCCGACGCAUACGAUCCUGGACCGUCACUGUUUUCGUCGCCGUGCUGUCUGUGGUGUGGUUGAUCCCUGUGGCCUUCCUCGCCACCGUCCUGAGCAUCUGCACCAUCGAGAGCUUUUUGCCAUCCUUUGCCGACUGGCUGAGGGAGCACGAGAUCUCCCGGACGCUCGUCCAGACGGGCUUGCCCACGCUCGUGGUGUCCCUCCUCAACAUCGCCGUCCCUUACCUCUACGACUAUCUCUCGUACCACCAGGGGAUGCUCUCGCAGGGCGACAUCGCGCUCUCGGUCAUCAGCAAGAACUUCUUCUUCACCUUCUUCAACAUCUUCCUCAUCUUCACCGUCUUCGGCGCCGUCUCGUCCAUCUUCGACGUCCUGCGCAAGUCGCUCCACGACACCACCUACAUCGCCUACACGCUCGCGCAGAAGAUCGAGGAGCUGUCCGUCUUCUACACCAACUUCAUCAUGCUCCAGGGCCUCGGCCUCUUCCCCUUCCGCCUGCUCGAGUUCGGCAGCGUGGCGCAGUACCCGAUCCUGCGCAUGGGCGCCAAGACGCCGCGCGACUUCGCCCAGAUGGUGCGCCCGCCCAUGUUCUACUACGGCUUCUACCUGCCCACCGCGCUGCUGGUCUUCAUCCUCUGCCUCGUCUACAGCGCCCUGCCGGGCGGCUUCCUCGUGCUCGCCCUGGGGCUGGCCUACUACUCGCUCGGCUAUUUCACCUACAAGUACCAGCUGCUCUACGCCAUGGACCAGCCGCAGCACGCCACGGGCGGCGCCUGGCGCAUGAUCUGCUACCGCAUCAUGCUCGGGCUGGUGGUCUUCCACAUCACCAUGUCCGGCUACCUGGCCCUGCGCAAGGCCUUCACCGUCGCGCUGCUGGUCGGCCCGCUGUUGGUGGCUACCCUGUGGUACGGCUGGGGGUUCCGGAGGCGCGUCGAGCCGCUGACGAGGUUCAUCUCGCUGCGCAGCAUCAAGCAGCAGGUCGCCGGCGAGGGAGGCGAGAGCGCGAUCCUGGACGGCGAUCUGGACGGUGCGGCGGGGGAUGAUGCCGAGCGCCAGAGGGAGGUGCUCCGGAGGGGCAGCACCGUGGACGAGGACCGCGAGAAGGGCCUGCGGUUUGUCAAUCCCAGCUUGGUCAUGCCCCUCGAACAGCCGUGGAUCUAUGAGGAACCCCCGCCGCCGUUGGUCGAGGCUUCUUCGGAUGACGAUGUCCCCCGCGGACCGCAACCGGAUACUAGUAGGGAGGAGCACAGCGCGUCAGGGUACGAAACGCCCCCGCCACGUCAAGCGGGUGGUGCGAGUAGCAACUCGUCGAGCUCGGUCAGCUUGGGCGAUACCCAUAUAUGGAGGGAAUGACACGAGGUCAUGGCCAUUACAAAGCUGGCUACUACUGCUAGUAACUAUCAUUAUGAGUCUCGUUUUAUUGCAGCAUAGCGUACGGAGGAUCCACUUGGUACAUGUACAGAGCCAUGAGGUGGUAGGUGGAGAGGGGAGGUUAAGCAUUCGUUCUGGUAGGGGGGAAGGGACUUGGAUUGGCAUAUGCUGUUUCUAGAUGGCGUUUGCGGCGAUACCACGAAGUCAGGUACCUAAUGUUAGUAUGAGUAUGAAGUACUAGGAGAGGUAUAUAUAACAGGAAGGAUGAGAUACGAUCUUGGAAGGGUUGGUGGUUAUUACGACGCUGGGAAUAACAAUAAGAAUACCGCUCGCGGCUUUCUGCCUCA